GGCGCACCUCACCACACAAAAUAUUUUAGCCUAAGGAUCAAGAUAUUUUCCAUCAGAUCACUAGCUAACCUACCCCAACUUCCGGCAGCUCACUGAGUCUGCAAUUACCACUAUACUUUACUGAACUUACUGUAGCUUACUAGUGACAAUUCAUAUUGGCUAUACCUAUCUCACUCAUUGAAUAUGUUCAAAUUAUUACUACUGUCUAAAACUUUAGACUUGGAUGCUACAGGAUUAAUUAUUGGACUAGUAUUAUUCACUAGUGGCUUCGUCUUAUUAGUAUUUGUUUGUAUUUACCGAUAUUAUUUUGCAAAUUUAGAUCGUAAUGAUUAUGCGUUUAUAGGAUCCGAAUUCAUGGGAACCACAUCAAAUGAUGUUCCUCAUGAAUUUUUAAAUGAUGAAGAAAGACUUAGACAUUUAGAAGAUACUUUUGAUUUUACAAAUUUAUCACCAGAAGAACAAUCAGCUUAUUUAAAAGGUGAAGAAUUUUCAAAGACAAAUCCACCUAAUUUUCAAAAUGUCAGAGGUAAAUCUUUUACUCUUGAAGAUGAAAAAUUAAUUAAAGAUUGUGGUACAGAUGCUUUCCAUUUUGAACCUGAUUCAAUUACUUUAAAUCCUCGAUUUAUUGUAGCUGAUAAAACUGAAUUACUUUUUCAUAAUAAUGAUACUCCUUAUUCAUCAGCAACUUCAGUAUUAAAUUAUGCAUUACCUUCAAGAAAUAGAUUAUAUUCUGAUACAAUUUAUUUUGAAACUAAAGUAUUUGAAUUUAAUAAUGAUAGUCCAAAUGCUCAUUUUUCAAUUGGUUUAGUUACAAAACCUUAUCCAUCAGCAUUUAGAUUACCAGGUUAUAAUAAAUUCUCAAUUGGUUAUGAAUCAACAGGGAAUUUAAAAAUUAAUAAACCAUUUCCAACUCCAUUACAACAACAUUUAGGUGAACAAUCUGAAUAUAAUGCAUUAGUUUUACCUCCAUUACAACAAUCAGAUGUGGUUGGUUUUGGUUAUGUAAUAACUACUGGAACUAUAUUUAUAACAAGAAAUGGUAAAAAAGUAUUAGAUGUAUUAAGAGGUUGCUUUGUAGAUUUAUAUCCAGCAAUUGGAUGUUUCCUGACAAAUGCAAAAUUUCAAGUUAACAUAGGUCAAUUAGGAUUUGUUUGGAUUGAAGCUAAUGUUAGAAAAUAUGGUUUUGUAUCUACUAGUGAUUUUAAAAAAUUAGGUGGAGAUAGAGGCUUAGCAUCCUUACCUCAAUAUAAUAAAGUAAUUGAAAAUAAAGAUGGUGAUGAAAUCUUAGAUAAAGGUGAAGAAUUACCUCCAGGAUAUCCUGAAGAAGAAUUGGAUUUCUUUGGAAGAUCUUCAAAUGAUAUAGUUAGAUUAGGAUCUUCAUCAAAGCAACUUAGUGAAAAACCAGGAAUUGGUGGAACAGCUAAUGAAAAGUCUGAUGAAUAUUUCGAUGAUAAAGAUAAUGAAUCUAAAGAACCAAAAGUUUCACAUGGAAGUUCUUCAGUUGUUACUGAUGAACCUGAAGAAAUAAUGGAUUUAAGAGAAAGAAUUUAUGAACAAAAUAUCGAGACUUAUGUAGGUACACCAACAGAAUCUACACCUUUAGUAUCACAUCCACCUAAUUCAAGUUCUUUAUCUCAAGGUCCAACUGUUUACAGCUCUAUACUUAAUGAUGAACCCGUAGAAGGAUCUUCAAGAGAUACAUCAAUAACUAGACAAGAAGAUGAAAUUACUGAAAUACCAGAAAUUCCCGAAUUAGAUAAUACCUCUUCAAGUAAAUCAAGAUCAGGUACACCUGCAUCUUCAGGACUGACAAGUCAUGGAGUUAGAUCUAAUAAACUUAAGAAGAAGAAAAAGAAGUCUACAUCAGGAAAUAAGAAGAAAAAGUCUAAAAAGUAAUCACCCAUCUCUCCUGUAUAUAUAUUUAUUAUCGCUAACAUUCGUUUAAUAAAUUCAUUGACAUUAACUAACUUUGUAUUAUGUGUACUUACCAGCAAUUACAUACAAUAUCUAAAAGGUUUAGCCAACUUUGGU